CAUUGCAGGUUCUGUAUUGUAUGAAUUUGUAGUUUUUUUUUUGUGAGUCUGUGGCAUUCUAUGACUGCUUGAAGAAGAAUUUUUUUAAUUUCAUCACCAGUAGAUCCACCCAAUCCACUUGGAAGUCCUUGAAGUCAGCAAAAUGCCAAAGCCACGAAUAUAGUUUGAACGAAGGUGACCGAUCGUGUAUUGGCGAUAUCGACUCUCGAGGGAAAAAAGCUGUGAAGGCGAGAAGUGAAAAUGGUGAAUUCGGUGAACGUUCGCGUGACGACGAUGGACGCGGAGCUGGAGUUCGCGAUCCAACCGUCGACGACCGGCAAGCAACUAUUUGACCAAGUGGUCAAGACCAUUGGACUGCGGGAAAUAUGGUUCUUUGGCCUCCAAUACACCGACUCUAAGGGACUCCCUACUUGGCUGAAGCUCAACAAAAAGGUAUUGAGCCAAGAUGUAAAGAAGGAGAGCCCUCUACACUUCCGAUUUCGAGCCAAGUUUUAUCCAGAAGAUGUGGCAGAGGAGCUAAUCCAGGACAUCACACUGCGACUCUUUUACCUUCAAGUGAAGAGUGGCAUUCUGUCAGAUGAUAUCUACUGUCCACCAGAAACGUCCGUACUUCUUGCUUCCUAUGCCGUCCAGGCCAAAUAUGGUGACUUCAAUACAGAUGUCCACACGCCAGGCUUUCUAGCCAGUGAUCGCCUUCUCCCUCAACGGGUGAUGGACCAGCACAAGCUGAGUCGUGAGGAAUGGGAAGACCGCAUCACCAAUUGGUACAAGGAGCACAAGGGCAUGCUCAGAGAGGAGGCAAUGAUGGAGUAUCUCAAGAUUGCACAGGACCUGGAAAUGUAUGGGGUGAAUUACUUUGAGAUUAAGAACAAGAAGGGCACUGAUCUCUACCUGGGAGUAGAUGCAUUGGGACUCAACAUCUAUGAAAAAGAUGACAGAUUGACUCCAAAAAUUGGGUUUCCAUGGUCUGAGAUCCGGAACAUCUCAUUCAAUGACCGUAAGUUUGUGAUCAAGCCCAUUGACAAGAAGGCUCCCGACUUUGUGUUUUUUGCACCACGUCUCCGCAUUAACAAGAGGAUUUUGGCACUGUGCAUGGGAAACCAUGAACUGUACAUGCGGCGUCGCAAGCCAGACACUAUUGAGGUGCAGCAGAUGAAGGCCCAGGCUCGGGAAGAAAAGCUGCAGAAACAGCAAGAGAGGGAGAGGUUGCAGAGGGAAAUACAUGCUCGUGAACUAGCUGAAAAGAAGCAACAGGAAUAUGAGGACAGGAUUAAGAUGAUGCAAGAGGAGAUGAAACGCCGGCAAAUUGAACUUGCUGAAGCUCAAGAGACAAUUCACCGCCUGGAGGAUCAGCUGAGGGAACUGCAAAAGGCAAAGGAGGAGCUGGAGCUUCAUCAAUCAGAGCUGGGUGACAUGCUGCACCGCCUGGAGGAAUCAAAGAACAUGGAGGCAGCUGAAAAGGCCAAGUUGGAGGACGAGAUUCGCAUGAAGCAGGAGGAAGUGCAGCGCAUCCAAGAUGAGGUGGCUCAGCGAGAUGAGGAGACACGUCUCCUACAGGAGGAGGUGGCUGAGGCCCGACGCAAGCAAGAAGAGGCAACAGCUGCACUCAUGGCAGCCAACACCCCACAACAUCAUCAUGUGCAGGAAAGCGAACAUGGUGAAGAUGAUGAGAUGCCCAAUGGGGAUAUCUCACGGGACCUGCGCACCACAGAUGAGGACAUCCUUGAUCCCAUUGAGGACCGACGGACCAUGCAGGAAAAGAAUGAGAGACUCCAGUCACAACUCAAGAUGCUGAAGAAGGACUUGGAGUUGACACGAGAUGAGAACAAGGAGACCCAGAUGGACCGGCUCCACAAGGAGAAUGUGCGGCAGGGUCGUGAUAAGUACAAGACCCUGAGGGAGAUCCGCAAGGGCAACACCAAGCGACGGGUGGACCAGUUUGAAAACAUGUAAAAUAAUUAAAAGAGCGGAUUUGAAUAUCCUUCCAUCCAUUGCAAUCCAAUUGAAACGAACAUACAACACCCCCCACUCCUUGUGUCUGCAUGUUGGUUGCCAAAAAAAAAAGGAAAAUUUUUUCAGACCCCAUCUGAGUGAUGGCUCAGUUGUCCGUCUCGUGCCUUUGUCCAUCUUCAAUCCUGCCUUCCUCUUUCCUUCCUGUUUUUUGCUUCAAGAAAUUUUAAAACAGAAGGGCUCUAUUUUUUGAGUGCAUUCCAGGCAGAGAAGAAUGAAGUUUUCCCCUGAGAAUCAGAGCUAUUUUUUAGAAAGAGGUUGAAGUGGUGAAUAUUUUUUGCUCAUGACUCUGGAUUUUUUGCGCGCGUGUACGUGUCCGAGUGCCAUCCUCUUCCGAUCUGGGUGUCUGCUUUCCCGUGUCCAACACUUGCUUUGUUCUUUCGUCUCCUUAUAUUGUAAUGAUGCAUGCUGCAGAAUUUAUUUUUUGUUCUGAUUUCUUCCUGUCCUCCCCAGCCCAUCUGUUUUCUUCUGGCAUCUGAAAAGGUGCAUGCCUUUUGUAUCAUGUCUCUCCUUCCCCGUAAAGAGGAAUAAAAGUCCUAAAGUAUUACCAUGGCACCUAUCUGCCUUUCCAUCACUGUCAAGAAAAACUUGGGACAUAUAGAAAAAAAAAACCGAUGGGUUUAUUUUGCGAAAAUAAAUAAUCUCAGAAGCGAAA